AUGGGUGCAAAUGGAGCUGAUAAUACCUUUAAUCAAAACUACUUUGCUUUGUGGGGGUUAAAUCAUUUCACCCUACUUAAUCAAGGAAGUGAAGUGCAACUUCUAUUGGAUAAGUCCUCAGGAUCCGGAUUCAGGUCCAAGUUGGUGUAUGGCUCUGGAUUAUUUCGCAUAAAGAUGAAGAUAUCAGACAAAAAAACUGCAGGAAUUCUCUCAACUCUUUAUCUGACCUCGGCCCCAGAUUUUAAAGAUCAAAAGCUUCAUGAUGAGAUUGACUUCGAGUUUCUGGGCACCAAUGGUACAUUACAAACAAAUGUGUUUGCUAAUGAUGAUGGGCAUAGAGAGCAAAAGUUUCAGCUCUGGUUUGAUCCUACAAAGGAUUUUCACACUUACGAAAUUCUCUGGAACCAAUACCAAAUAGUGUUCUUCGUGGACAAAAUACCCAUCAGAGUGUUCAAGAACAACACAGCACUUGGUGUGAACUACCCAUCAAAUCCAAUGCAAAUAGAGGCAAGCAUAUGGAAGGCGGAUUGGGCAGGACAGGUUAACUGGAGUCAAGCACCAUUCAUUGCUCACUACCAAUACUUCAACAUAGAUGGCUGCCCAACCCAGCAAAAGUCAAUCUCUCAGCAGUGUUAUUCUCUCCAGUAUGAGUGGAACAAGAGAGAGCACUGGGAACUCAGCCCUGUUCAGAAACAACAGUACGAACAAGUUAGAAAAGCACAUCUGGUCUAUGACUACUGUUCUGACAAAUCGAAGAAUCACCCAGAAUGCCCGAGUAAUAAAUAG